CGUGUACUCUUCCGAUCGCUUUUCGCAUCCGCGUGUCGAAUACGGUAAACGAGCGUCGAACGGACGAGUGAAAACUAGCCGAGUGCCGAUCGCAUCACGUUCCGAUUAUUGGCCAGGAACCCGAGGCGAUGGAUUAGCCGAUCCGAGCCUGCGACGAGCUUGAAAAACGUUCGAAACCGAAGCCAAUCAUCAUCCGAGCGAUCAUGACGACCGCGUCGAGGGUGGCCCUCCUGUUGCGCCUCCUCCUCUACCUGGGGGGUGAACUCGGCGUGGCCGGGGGUUCGCGGGGGGUCCACGACGACCCCCUGGUGGUCGAGACGACGAGCGGUUUGGUGCGGGGCCUGUCGAGGUCGGUGCUGGGCCGAGAGGUCCACGUCUUCUACGGCAUCCCGUUCGCCAAGCCGCCGGUGGGACCGCUGAGGUUCCGGAAGCCGCUGCCGAUCGACCCUUGGCACGGUGUGCUGGAGGCGACGUCGCUGCCGAACAGCUGCUACCAGGAGCGGUACGAGUACUUCCCGGGCUUCGAAGGCGAGGAGAUGUGGAACCCGAACACCAACAUCUCGGAGGACUGCCUGUACCUCAACGUCUGGGUACCGCAGAAGCUCCGGCUGCGACACAAGGGCGCCGAGUCGCCCGGAAACGAGAGGGCCAAGGUGCCGAUCCUCGUAUGGAUCUACGGAGGAGGAUACAUGAGCGGCACGGCCACCCUCGACAUCUACGACGCUGACAUAAUGGCCGCUACCAGCGACGUGAUCGUCGCGUCGAUGCAGUACAGGGUCGGGGCCUUCGGCUUUCUCUACCUCAACGACCACUUCACGAACAGCGAGGAGGCCCCGGGGAACAUGGGACUGUGGGACCAGGCCCUGGCCAUCCGUUGGAUACGCGACAACGCCGCGGCCUUCGGCGGCGAUCCCGACAUGAUAACCUUGUUCGGAGAGUCCGCCGGCGGUGGGUCCGUGUCCUUGCACUUGAUUUCGCCGGUGACGCGGGGACUCGUGAGGCGCGGUAUCCUCCAGAGUGGGACCCUCAACGCUCCGUGGAGCUACAUGACCGGCGAGAAGGCCCACGACGUCGCCCGCGUCCUCGUCGACGAUUGCAACUGCAACUCGACCAUGCUCGCGGACAAUCCGUCACGCGUCAUGGCCUGCAUGCGGUCCGUAGACGCCAAGACCAUAUCCGUACAGCAGUGGAACACCUAUUGGGGCAUUCUUGGAUUCCCAUCCGCGCCCACCAUCGACGGGAAAUUCCUUCCCAAGCAUCCGCUGGACUUGCUGAAGGAGGGAGACUUCGAGGACACCGAGAUAUUGAUCGGCAACAACAAGAACGAAGGAACCUAUUUCAUACUGUACGACUUUAUCGAUUACUUCGAAAAGGACGGACCGAGUUUUCUGCAGCGUGACAAAUUUCUCGACAUCAUCAAUACCAUCUUUAAAAAUAUGUCGACUCUCGAACGAGACGCGAUCACCUUUCAAUAUACCGACUGGGAGCAUAUCAGCGAUGGAUACCUGAACCAGAAAAUGAUCGGCGACGUAGUUGGCGAUUACUUUUUCAUCUGUCCCAGUACGCAUUUCGCCCAACUUUUCGCCGAACGUGGAAUGAAGGUCUACUACUACUUUUUCACUCAGAGGACGAGCACGAAUCUUUGGGGCGAGUGGAUGGGCGUCAUGCACGGGGAUGAGAUCGAAUACGUAUUCGGCCAUCCCCUGAACCAGUCUCUGCAGUACAACAUAAAGGAGCGGGAUCUCUCCCUCAGGAUGAUGCAGGCAUAUUCGCGAUUCGCGCUUGUGGGAAAACCGAUGGCUGAGGGUGUUGAGUGGCCGACUUAUUCGAGGGAUCAACCGCAGUACUUUGUGUUUGACGCGGAAGAAAGCGGCCUUGGAAAAGGUCCUCGAGCAACAGCCUGCGCAUUCUGGAAUGAAUUUCUUCCACGGCUGAAGGGCGUUCCUGAUCCGCCCGAAGCCUGCGACGCGGCUGUUGCCUCCAGCGUUUCAGCGGGUGCAAGACGGCUUUACGAUUUCGUAUGCAGUUUGAUACUGCUAGUUUCCUGCACGCUGAUAACGAUCCCGAUUAUUGCAUAAGAUAAGAGGUAGAAAUAAAAAUAAAUAAAAAUCCCCCUCACACGUUCUCGCUGCAGGCUGUAAUAGGCAAGCCCAACAAGUUCCAAGACGUGUCCCGAUUUGGACAACACGGUGUGUUAAAGGAAAAGAGCGAACCUGAAGAAGAAGAAGAGGAAGAAGAAGAAGGAGAAGAAGAAGAGGAAAAAGAAGAAGAAGAAGGAGCGCGAGAAUGAGAAAAUGAAGCAGCCCGUGAUUUUCAUCAACUUGAAUUUCAUGUGCUCGCAGAAAUUGGCUUAGGUCGAGACGAGAUUACAACGCAUGUCGCUUACAUUACUCCUCGUUGCAAGUGCUACACCAUAGAAACUUAUUAUCCCGUAUGAUUCAUCCUCGAUAAUGAUAUGCGCGUCGGUCUGACCGAUUUGCAGAGGUUGUAAUUUGGUUGGAAUUGAACACGAAUCGGAUGUGGAGAGAGAAAAAUCCCUGACCAGAAAAAAAAAAACAAUGUAAAAAAGUAGCAAAGAAGAUAUUCACGGUAUCGGAGGAAAAUUAACCGAAAAACGAACGCAGAUAGUGAAAAAAGAUGAUACAUAUUUUUUAGAUUAUAAUUGCAUGACCAUUUAUUGUUUAUAUAAAUAUCAACGUGUGCAAUUAACGAUAAUUGUGUAAUAACCAUAUAUGUGUAUAAAUUGUUGACAUAAUUUAACGCUUAAACACCGCAUUAAGUUAUUUGGAUUAUCAGAAUGUAAAGAGGAAAAGUAACGAGAAGAAAAAGAUUCGUUUUCGAAGGGAGGAUACACGAACCGCAUCAGUUGUUGAAUGUCUGAAUUUCGACUCGAUACAAAGCUGUGGAGUGAAAUCGCGUGUCCGAGCUUUGGAGGGCUUUUCUGAAUAAAACAUUGUCCGUCGAUCGUAAAUAUUUUACACCCUAUAAUUCGACGGUUUAUGGAUUAAGUCGAAACCCCGCGUCCUGGAAAGAUCUGCAAGCACCAAUUUACCUUGCGCCUCACGUGCAUGUCGUUUUUUCACCGUGUAAAUAAAAUUUUCAGCAAUUUUUCUCCUAUCUCUGUCCGUUGUUCGAAUGAUCUAUGUUUUAUGAUUGGCCGUUCGGACGGAGGGUUCGCGUAAAAAAUACAUGCUGUUCGGUUUCUCAAUUUUCGGUUAACACUAUAGUCAAAUGAUUGGGAUAAACGAUGAAUUUAUUAUCCGAAACACCGCGUGUUUGGUCCAAUGAUUUAUAGUCCUUAUGCCUAAUAUUAUAAACGAUAUGAUCCAAAAUCUGACGGAUACUGUAAUAGAAAAAAAAAAGAAAAAAAAAACAGAAAAUUUUCCCCUUUCGAGAAUAGAAUCAAUAUACGAAUAAAUAUACAAUGCAUAAUUAUCCGUUCGCAAUUGAUUUGUCAAUCAGAUCACAGUGAAUGUGUAAAAAGUAUAAAAUAUCGAGCCAGUCGGUGGGCUAAUAAAAUUUAGUACACCACACCUAAUACAUGUUCGUCACCUAUGCGUAUCGCAUUAGAAUAUCUAGAACGCAUUCAAAAAUAUAACAAACAAAUAAACAAAAGUCAAACAAACGGGUCGAAAUUUAUAAUUUCAAAUUAUAUAACAUAUCGCUCUUGCGACGUCAAACGAAUAAUCGUGCAUUGCUGUAUUAUAUGUCAUGCAUGUAUAUGUAUACAUAUACUUAUAUAUACAAUAAUAUACAUAAACAAAAUGAAGGGGAAAAACUGAUUUUAAAUAUCGAACAUAAGUCAAAUAUACAAUACCUACCCAAUUCGCUCUCUGAGGUAAACUGGAUUAUUAUUAUUAUUGUUAUUACAACAACAAAUAUUAUCUUGCAAUGUGUUACGUUGAUUAAACAUAAACAAUUUCUGAAAUAAUAAUAACGACAACAACAACAACAACAACAACAACAACAACAACAACAACAACAACAACAACAACAACAAUAAUAAUAGUAAUAAUACUAGUGAUAAUAUUAAUAAUAAAAAUAAUAUAAUAAUAAUUUUAAAAAAAAGUAAUAAUAACAAAAGUAAGUUGUAUAAAUUAGAAUUAUGGUACACCAUGUAUAAUCGUGCUAGAUUCAUUGUAUCAUAAGCACUGUACAAUAGGUGCAUACCCUAUAAUCAUAUACAUACAUAUAUUGUGUAAGUUGAAAGGAAAAGAGAAAAAAAAGAUAAAAAAAAAAAAAAAAAAUGAAAAAAAAAGAAAACGACAACUUUGAAAGAGUCUGAUAGAACACCGAAAAUAGAUUGAUAGCAAAAAAAAAAAACGAAAAGGGAUAGGGAGGAAGGUAUAUAAUCGAGAAUAUCGAAAAAAUUCUAUACGCUGAGAUCGAA